UGUUGUGGAGUUCAAGCUGGAAGAGAGCAUGAAAAAAGCCGCCGAAGUCCUAAACAAGCAUAGUCUGAGCGGACGGCCGCUGAAGGUCAAGGAAGAUCCUGAUGGUGAGCAUGCCAGGAGAGCAAUGCAAAAGGUGACGGCUACGACUGGUGGGAUGGGUAUGGGACCUGGUGGCCCAGGAAUGAUUCCUAUCCCACCCAGUAUCCUAAAUAAUCCCAACAUCCCAAAUGAGAUUAUCCAUGCAUUGCAGGCCGGAAGACUCGGAAGCACAGUAUUUGUAGCAAAUCUGGAUUAUAAAGUUGGCUGGAAGAAACUGAAGGAAGUGUUUAGCAUGGCCGGUGUGGUGGUCCGAGCCGACAUCCUGGAGGACAAAGAUGGGAAAAGUCGUGGCAUUGGCACUGUGACUUUUGAGCAGUCGAUCGAGGCCGUGCAAGCCAUCUCUAUGUUUAAUGGCCAGCUGCUGUUUGAUAGACCGAUGCACGUGAAAAUGGACGAGCGGGCCCUGCCAAAGGGAGAUUUCUUCCCUCCGGAGCGUCCGCAACAGCUGCCACAUGGACUCGGUGGUAUCGGCAUGGGGUUGGGACCAGGAGGGCAGCCUAUUGAUGCCAAUCACCUGAAUAAAGGCAUUGGCAUGGGAAACCUCGGGCCUGCAGGAAUAGGAAUGGAAGGCAUAGGAUUUGGAAUAAAUAAAAUGGGAGCCAUGGAGGGCCCCUUCGGCGGUGGCAUGGAAAACAUGGGGCGCUUCGGAUCUGGGGUGAACAUGGGAAGGAUCAACGAAAUCCUAAGUAAUGCUCUGAAGAGAGGAGAGAUCAUUGCAAAGCAGGGAGGAGGUGGAGGUGGAGGCAGUGUCCCGGGCAUCGAAAGAAUGGGCCCCGGCAUUGACCGCAUCGGGGGUGCUGGCAUGGAGCGCAUGGGCGCAGGCCUGGGCCACGGCAUGGAUCGUGUGGGCUCCGAGAUUGAGCGCAUGGGCCUAGUCAUGGACCGCAUGGGCUCCGUGGACCGCAUGGGCUCCGGCAUCGAACGCAUGGGCCCCUUGGGCCUCGAUCACAUGGCCUCCAGCAUCGAACGCAUGGGCCAGACCAUGGAGCGCAUCGGCUCUGGCGUGGAGCGCAUGGGCGCCGGCAUGGGCUUCGGCCUGGAGCGCAUGGCCGCACCCAUUGACCGUGUGGGCCAGACCAUUGAGCGUAUGGGCUCAGGCGUGGAGCGCAUGGGCCUGAGCAUGGAGCGCAUGGUGCCCGCGGGCAUGGGGGCCGGUCUGGAGCGCAUGGGCCCCGUGAUGGAUCGCAUGGCCACCGGCCUGGAGCGCAUGGGCACCAACAGCCUGGAGCGCAUGGGCCUGGAGCGCAUGGGCGCCAACAGCCUGGAGCGCAUGGGCCUGGAGCGCAUGGGCGCCAACAGCCUGGAGCGCAUGGGCCCAGCCCUGGGCGCUGGCAUCGAGCGCAUGGGCCUGGCCAUGGGUGGCGGUGGCGGUGCCAGUUUUGACCGCGCCAUUGAGAUGGAGCGUGGCAACUUUGGCGGAAGCUUCGCAGGCUCCUUUGGCGCUGGAGGCCACGCCCCUGGGGUGGCCAGGAAGGCCUGCCAGAUCUUUGUCAGAAAUCUCCCGUUUGAUUUCACCUGGAAGAUGCUAAAGGACAAGUUCAAUGAAUGCGGCCACGUGCUGUAUGCCGACAUCAAGAUGGAGAACGGCAAGUCCAAGGGCUGCGGCGUGGUCAAGUUCGAGUCUCCGGAGGUGGCCGAGCGAGCCUGCCGGAUGAUGAACGGCAUGAAGCUGAGCGGCCGUGAGAUUGAUGUGCGGAUUGACCGGAACGCCUGAGCGCCUGCGCGCCUGCCUUCCGACACGCCGACACCAGACCUCCUCCGAAUUUGUAUUUUUUCUUGUUAACAAUUUUAAUUUGUUGGCUGGAUGUAUAAAAGAAGUUUAAGAAAUUCAGUGGCUUUUUUUGGGGUAAUUUGAAUUACUUUUAUAAUGACUGGGGUUCCAUUCGACUGUUUGCAUUGAGAUUGCAAUGUGUGCAGUUUGUUUUUUUUGUAGUUGUGGCAGCUUGUUGACAUCGAUAAGACUUUGAUAAUAAAUACAGGUUCCUGAAA